AUGGAUAAUACAAUGUUGGAUACAUUUUAUAAAAAUAAUAUUAAAUUGACAAAAGACGAAACAAAGGACAUUCUUGAUUUUGUCAAACCUAAAAUCGAUUAUAUUGUUCAGUACAUUCAUGAGAGGGACAAGCGGUUCAAACUUCGCCCAUUGAAUGUCGGGAGUUACUAUUCCCGUCUUAAAGUAUCUCGGGCAGACGAGUUUGAUUAUAGUGUAGUGUUAGAUUCAGGACCAUAUUUGGUUUGGACAACCCAGACACCGGCUUUUUCUGCAUGUGAUACAAUCCUUGGAAAUACGGAGGUGGUUAGAACAUCAAGUUCACUGCCGUCAGCACCCGUUGGGAAAUGCGUUACUAAACUUUCAAGAAGUAUACCACAGUGGAAUAAAAAACGUAUGAAUGAAGGAUCUGACUGCUUGACAAUUGGCGAUCACAUUAUUCCGAUGAAAGUGAAAAAAAGAUUUCAAGCACUCGUCAUUGAAGCUAUUAAACAACCACUUAUAAGUCGAUAUGUUGAUGCAAAGAGAUCAUCCGGAUCACCUGCCGUUACAUUGACUAUAGCUGAUCCCGAUGCUGAUGAUGUAGAACCAAUAAGUGUAGACCUUGCACCUCUUAUUGAAGCACACCUUCCAUUCAAACCAGAGUUUAAUUGGCCUAGACCACAGGCCAGAUGGCCUUCUAGUACACAGAUUAAAGAUAUACAAGAUGAAGGAAUACACUUGGUUGCUAAAGAUCCUGAAUAUUGGACUUUAUCAUUCGUCACAUGUGAAAAAAAAUUGUUAGAAAGCACGGAAACAACGGGAACAUGCCGAAAUAAAAGUCAUCGAAUAAUGAAAAAACUCUGUGAAAUUUGGUGUCCAGAAGGAACAAAACAGGUUCUCAACUCGUACCAUAUCAAAAACAUUUAUUUCUGGGAAUGUGAAUAUCAUCCGGAUGACUGGGAGUGGACUAAAAAACAGCUAGCCGUCAGGGUUGAGUCUAUGUGUGAUUUGCUUAUUAAAUAUAUAGAUGAUAGGAACCUUCCUGUUUAUUUCCACACAGGGAUCAAUUUGUUUAAAAACUACUUGACGGACCAACAAGUGUUUGACAAUGUUCAAAAGGAAAUUCGUACUUUUUGGGAAAACCCAGAGGACUAUCUUAGGGACUACAUGGAAGAGGAAGAGGAAGAAGAAGAAGAUGAUGAUGAUUUUUACUGA